UAAUUUCUAACACACAUUUUCUCUAACCUUCGUAAAUCUGCUGCUGCUCCGUCUCCAACAAAGAAAAUGUGCAGGUCCUAAUGUGAGUGAGGCUGUAAUCGUUUUUAGUUGUUUUGUACUGAUAAGAUAUUUAAUCUUUUUCUCUAGUUUUUCUACUUGGCCUCACUUCUCCGUCAGUAUUUUUUUUUCUCUAUAUUUAACCACUUGCCUCUUUAUCUUCUCACCUCGGACUUGCUUUCUCUUUUCCCUUGCAAAAUUUACCGAGAACAAGACAGGAACGGUGUAGCGUUAAAUAGAUAUCUAUACGUGUGUGUAUAUAGUCUCCUUCGCUGACGCCGGAGAUUUUUAACAGAUUUUCAUUAUGGUCCGAAAAAUUUGCGUGCUAGGAGCUGGAAUUAUUGGUCUCUACUCAGCCGUUCGAAUACUUGAAGACUUACAAAAUGUUGAUGUUACAGUUAUUGCCGAAAAGUUUUCUCCGAACAACACAUCUGACGUGGCUGCUGGCUUCUGGAUCCCCCAUAAAAUGGGCUCCACAAAUAUAUCCUUAAUCAAACGGUGGGGCGAUGAAACAUUCCAGUAUCUGCUCAACCUUCACGAAUCGCCAAUGGCCUCCGAGCUUGGCAUCCAACUUGUCUCCGGUUAUCAUCUCAAUAGCAGACAGGCGACUGAUCAGUGUGCCCUCAGACUGUAUGGACUUGGUUUUCAUACGGUUGCUCUUCAGGACAACCGCUAAGCCCCUGAAAUCCAGUUCAUCCAGCUUGGUCUACGAAAGAUGAUUGGACCCACAUAGAGGAGAGCAUGAGGGAA